AUGUUGCAGAUGAAACUUCUCCACCAUUUCAAUACCGUUACAGCCGAAACCCUCAUCUUUGACGCAUCCAUCUGGCGUAACCAAGUGAUGGCUUUGGCAUUGCAGCAUGAGUUCCUUAUGCACGCUGUGCUCCUUAUCGGCGCCAAACAUUUGUCUUUUCUCAGUCCCGGUGAUUUCAUGUAUCGAUCAGCGUCUCUGCUGCAUCUUUCAGAAACAUUGCGUUUGUUCCGACAUGCUCUGACACAACCGAUAUCUGCCCUAAAUGCCGACGCAUUUAUGGCAACUUCGACGCUUCUCGUCCAUUAUGCAUGGGCAACGCAUGACGAUGUCGUCCGUGCGCAAGACGACGCCGAGGCAGUGUCAUCACCGGAUUCAACUCUGAACCUCAGCAUGGAUCCGUUGUUUACUUUGUCCCAAGGGCUGCGAAUGGUCUUCAUGAAGUCUUACCAUUUCAUCUGGGAGAACGAAAGCAUAUUUGCUGCCUCAGCCCGUCAUCGCCCUCGCGAGUCCCUUGAACAGGCUACCCUUGGACACUCUAGGGCUUCGCAGGACUUGGAAAUCCUCAUCUCCAAGGCAUACUGUAGGCAACGCGCAGCUUCGGGGAAGCCUGUCAUUGUUUGUCCAAAGUCUGCGUGUCUAGAUGCGGUGAUCCGGUUCUUUCUUGACCUGCGCACGGGUCAUGAGAAGGUGUUCACAGGACUAGAACAUCCAGAUGAAGAUCCUGAAGAGGAUCUUGAAUUGGCCGGCUUCCUAGAUGCGACCGCUCGAUUGGUGCUUCUCUUGGGGCUCUUCCGACGGCAGUCAUUCGUCACUGACACGGGUCUCUCGAUAGAGGCUAACCUGGCUCACAGCCCAAGACGGACCGCUAGUGUAUUCGAAAAGGUUGCCACUCGCCCUUUCCCGCCACUUUCGGACCUCGCGCGCUACAUUUUCGCUUUUCCGACGCGAUCGACCGACUGUUUCAUCCGACUCGUCCGACAACAACAUCCGUAUGCGCUUCUCGUUUUAUUACUUUUCUACCGUGCUGUCUCCUUACUCCUUCCUCAGCAACAGUGCUGGUGGAGCCGCAGGCGUGCUCAGGCUGUCCCGUCGGCUAUCGAGAGCGCCUUACGAGCACACGGCGACGUCGAUUUGGACACCAUACUGCAAGAGGGUAAUAGGGUGCUUGAGGGUUGGCCAGGAGUAGUUUCGAGUGGCGAGGACACCCCUGCGGUCAACUCGCGGAGGCUUCUUGGAGUGGAUGGCUGGGAUGAAACUUGGGAACGGACCCGAUAUGUCUUGGAAAAGUUCGGUUGGAGGAAAGGACGCUGGUAUUCUGAAGAGUAG